AACAAAGCAGCAUGAAAAGGAAAACAAUACUUUAGAUUACAGUAUCAAGAUACAACUGACAGCUGAGAUUCCUGAGACACACAUACACAGACAACGGAUAGGAUCAGUCUUUUCUGAAUAGACCUCCACUGGGUCCUGUACCAUCACAAUCUAGAACUUGCUCUGAUAGACUUCCCAUCGAUCCUACAAUGGCUAGCCAAGGUACUAAAAGAAAACGAGAUCAUGAAUCAUCUGACUCGAGUAUAGAGACAACACUGACAACAGAUGUGAUCAUGGAGAAUGCAAGGCAAAUUCUGCAAAGAGUCACUAAAAUCUCAGACCUAAUCGAUAAAGGCAGCAGGAAGAAGGCAACCAUAGGGAUUUUUGGAAAAUCAGGAGAAGGAAAGAGCUCCCUUUUAAGUGCAAUCGUUGGGAAAAAGGAACUAUUACCAUCUGGUUGUUUUGGUGCCUGUACAGCUGUUGUUACUCAGGUGGAAGCCAAUCUGGAUGACUCCAACUACACAGCAGAGAUCGAGCUAUUCUCUAAAGAGGAGUGGGAGAAUGAGCUUAAAGAAGCUUUCAAAGAUAUAAAAGAUGAAAGUGAGGAAAGGAAUGAGGACUUGAUUGAAAUUGCUGUAGAAAAGAUCACUGCGCUGUAUGGAGAUGAUGCAGACCAGAAAACAUUAGAAGAGCUCCAGAAUGAUGAAAAAUUUACUGAGAUUGAAACCUUUUUGUCUAUCAGUAAGAAAAUAAUCUCAAACAGUAAUCUCUCUGAAUUUACCAACGAAGCUGCAAGUUUCAUACAACACAGUGAGUCAAGUUCUGGUGACUGGUUCUGGCCGCUUGUGAAGAGCGUGACGAUCAAGAUUCCAGACUGUCACAAACUCCUGGAGCACAUUGUACUUCUUGAUCUUCCUGGUACUGGAGACUGCAAUAAGAUUAGAGAUGACCUGUGGAAAAACUGUAAAUAUAUUUUCUACACUCUUUUCAUGAAACAUUUUGUCAUAUACACUGGGAUGUUAAAACACUGCAUUGAAGAACUGGGACCAGGAGGAAAAUGCAAAAGCAUCAACUUCAUCUGUACAAAGACUGAUGAUAUCAAUCUAGGAGCGUAUAUUAGAUCUGCACGGCUUCCAAGAGACCAAAUCCCAGAAGACAAGGAUCAGAAAAAAACAUGCAUUCUUCAUAGAAAUGAACAUGCCAAGACAAGGGUCAAAGAAAAGUUUGAAAAUUCUGACAUCAAGAAAAUAUUCAACACUGACAAUCAGUUUCAAGUUUUUACUGUAAGUUCCAAUGCAUUCUUUGACAACAGUUUAAAUCUGGAAUCAAGUGAAACAGAAAUCCCAAAGCUGCAGGAUGAUCUGAGGAAUCUUAACAAGAGCAUUAAUAUAGAAUUGACCAGAGAGUAUGUCAAUAAAGCAAAGGGAGUUUUGUCCUUGAUCCAUAGUGACCAGCUGGAUAAUGACAAAAAAGUGAUGGAAAUGAAAGUCAUCGAAUUUAAGAAGAACCUAAAGGAGUCACUAAUUGAACUGGAAAAAUAUUUUAAAAGCAUUUAUAAAGAUCUGGAGCAGCAUCUCUCAAAGGGAGUGGAAGAAUCAGUGAACUCAUGUGUUGCCUCCACAAAGAAAUUGAUAGCAUCUAAUAAAGAGGGAAGAGGGUUCCAUAAAAUCCUUAGAGCUUUGUGCAAGAACUACGGAUGCUAUUGGUCAAAAAAUUGGGAUGUAGUUCUAGACCUGAACAAGUCAUUGGCCAAACAUUUGCACAAAAACAUUUAUGAUGAUUUCUGUAAGAUUUUUCCUGUGACUGGAAAAACAGAAAAGUCAGUGCAGGAACAGACUGACAAGUUUAGUAUCAUCCAGAGUGACUCUGCUUACCCCAGAUCUGACAUUCUACAUCACAUUCACAACUUCAUCAAAAUCGAGGAAACCAAACUGAAGGCUGCACUCCACAGAGACAUUGUUGACAAGAAGAAGGACAUCUACUCAUCAAUACAAAUAACAAUUGUGAAUGAAAUGGCUUCUUGCUAUCAGCAAGCUGCAGCUGUGAGAGGAACAGGAUCCAUGAAGAAAAUGCAAGACCUGUUAAUAAACACAGUCGAUCAGAAAAAAGAAGACAUGUUCGAAAAGGCAAAAACAGAAGUACUUAAAAAGUUCAAUCACUUUAAGAUGGACAUAAAGAGUACUCUUGAAAAUGAACUACAGGAAACAAUAGAACGCUCACACACACAAACCAGCAAAAAGAAAUGGAUGGAUGUCUCCAGAGAGAUUGAAGAGCUGGAGAGACUUCUAGAUCAUCUGUCUGACUGAUGCUUAUCAAGCAAGAGAAACAGCACAAAUCACAAUAGAAACAUAACUACUGUAUUGUGCAACAAGUGUAACACAUUUUCAGCCAAUGCUUUGUUUUGUUUUAGAGUUUUUUUUUUUUUUUUUUUUUUUUUUUUUUCCUCAAAUGUGUUAUAUAUUUUUUUCCGGUACAUUUGUUUGCCAGCUGUAUUUUGUCUUAAGUUGUUCAUUUUCAUAAAAUUUCUGAACUUUGGGUUUUAUUAUAGGGUGGCAUAUGAUAUACAAACUGUAUACUGAUUUGUUGUUUUUAUUAUAACUGUUUUACAGCAAGACAUGUAAAUUACAUUUAAAAACGUAACUGUUUAGUUUUCAAGAACCUGAAUACAUUUGAUUCAUUUACAGUAUAGACUGGAAUGUAAUUGCAAAGGUCUUACUGAAACAUAUUUUUCUAAUUUAUUGAUGUAUUUACAGUAUUAGAAAAGCUUUUAGCAUAAAAUUCAGAUUAAAAAAUAAAGUCUUCCCAAUUUUGACAUAUACUGUAUCUGAGUGAAACGACCUCAAAAAAGAAGAAACUAGUAGGAUGGGGCUUGACUGUCAAGCAACUGAGUGGAUUGUACAAAGUGUAUAAUGUUUGCUGAUUGCUGCAAUUGUUGCAUGUGAGUGACAAGUUGUUGGUGGGGAGGGAUUAAAACCAUUGAUUUAUAACA